ACUUACGACACUUUAGCUCACGUGAGUUAAAAUUAAUGUCUCUUAUCUCCACUAAAUAAAUAAAUAAAUAAAUAAAAUUGAGUCAGUCUCCGCUACGGUGUUUGUGUCUUCUCGCUUUUUUCCCUCUAAUCUUACCACGCUAUCUCUCACUAAAUUCUAAAAUUGUGGUGGUGGUGGUGGUGUAAAGUGUGAGCGAUAGUGGGGGCUUUUUGUUGUUAUGAAGGAGUUUUUGGGAUGGCGUUUCCAUUCGUUUCGUUUUGACCUUUCUUAUUUACAACAAUCUAUUUUAUUAUUAUUUACUUGACCUGUCUUCCCUCCUAUUCCAUAAUAUUAUCCUAUUAAUACUUUAAGACAUCUUCUACUACACUUUUGUAAAAGAUGUCUAAUUUUAAAUUCACUACUUUAACUUAUAAAACUGAUAAGACCAUCAUGAAUUCUCAUCAAAAACAACAACAGCAACAGCAACAACAACUGCAAUCAAAUCAGAAUCAAAAUGCAUCAUCCAAAUUAACAUCCACUUCGAAACAAUCACAUCAACCUUUCGAUACUACUAGUAGUAUCUUAUCUGAUUAUGAUGAUUUAAUGGAUGAAGAAAUUGAUGAUAAUCUGCUGUAUGUGGUAUUUAAUCCCUUAAAGAAAAAUAUUAAUAAUAAAUCAUUACCUCCUAGUCAUCAAAAUGAAUCUGAUAUUCUUUCUUUAACUAAUACAUCUAAUACAAAUUCUCAUACUCGUAAUCAAUAUCAUUAUAUCGAUGAAGAAGAUGCUGAUGAAGAGGAGGAGGAAGAAGAAGAAGAAGAAGAUGUGGAAACUGAAGGGGAAUUGGAUGAUGAGAUCCAACAUACAGUCGAUGCCAUAACUGAAGCUGUUAAUGAUACAACCACCCCUCAAACUAACACAUUAUCUAAUAAAAUCAAUAAUUGGUAUAAUUCAAGUAUAACAGAUCAUCAUAAUCAUAUUAUUGAUGAUAAUAUAGCAAGUUGGAAUUUAGAUGAGAAUUUAAUUCAAGAUUCAAUCUCUUCUAAUAACACCUUAAGUUUCACAUCAUCAUCCAAUGACAGUGAUCAACAUCAACAACAACAAUUAAUCAUCAAACAGUUUUAUGGUGAUGAAUUAUUCCAAUAUUUUACUCCCCAAGAUUUAGAGAAAUUUAAACACUUUAAUAAAUUAAUUGAUAUUAAAAAGUUUUUAUUAGAAAAAGAUAAUAAUUCAAGUUCAUCUAUCAUAACUCAAAUUUUAAAUUUAUUAUUAUUAAAGAAUCAUACCGUAUUGACUAAUCAUAAUGAUAAUAAACAAGUUGAUGAAAAUGAUUUGACUCAAUAUAUCCAACAAAUCAAAAAUGCAAAUCAAAAACAUGCCACUCAUACUCAUCAUAAUGUAGAUGAUGUAUAUGUUCGUCCAUCUACAUUUUCUGAAACUACCAAUUCAUCAUUAAUAAUGUGUGGUGGUGUUGGAUUUGGAGGUGGAUCAUCUUGGAAUGAUGUGUGAUUGAUGAGUGAUGGGGGUUUGAUUUCUGGAAAAGUCUUCUCUCAUGCGUUAUACUACUAGACAUUUAAAUGCUGUACUAUUAUGAUAUGGUUUGGUUUUGGUUUGAUCUGAUGUGGUUUGGUUUGGCUCAAUUUGGCUUUGGUUUGGUUUUUGUUCUCUUUAUAAUUAGAAUCUGGUUCAUUGUAUUCUAUCUAUCUUUCUACUCUCUUUCAUUGGUUGUUUUCUUCCUAUACAUACUACUCUAUAUUAGAGUGAUUCCCUUUGUUACUUUUAUAUAUACAUACAUACAUACACUCAUACUACUUAACAUAAAAUAAUAUAAACAUUGAUAUUAUUAAU